AUGAGCUCCUGGAAGAAGAGUACUAAACUGACAGGCCUUCCAGUCUGCAAGAACCCCGCCCACGUGCUCACCUUGCUCUACGGCAAGAUCAUCCGGGUCCUGAACAAGAUGCCCGCUUCCUCCGCCUACAGGAAGUACACCGAAGAGAUAGUGUCGACCAGAGCGGCCAUCGUCGCCGCCUGCCCCUGCCCGGAGGACAUCGAGAAGAACAUCUGCUGCGGGCAGGCGGAGGAGCUGAUCCUCCAGGCAGAGAGGGAACUCCACCUCGCCAAGAACCUCCUCCUCACCAGACCCUGGGAGCCCCUCAUCGCCAAGCCGGAACCCGAUCAGUGGCUCUGGCCCCCUCCGGUCAAAUAA